UUCGACCUAAACCGGGUCCAAGUCGUCCAGUAAGGCCCGCCUCGCGAGGUAUAUCGCCAUCUAGUGUUGAACUUCCAAUCUUGAUUUUUAUAUAGGAGGCCAGUUACUGGCACAUGUUCCCCAUUGGGGAUACAGCCAUAAAGGAGAGGAAGGAAGGAUUCUGAAGGACUUGAGUGUUCAAUUAAUUAUUAAAAAUGUUCAUAGUCGGUUUAACGGGCGGAAUCGCUACUGGUAAAAGCAGCGUGGCUGCCGUGUUUCGUGAACAUGGUAUUCCUGUUAUCGAUGCCGACACGAUUGCCCGAGAAGUGGUCGAACCAGGAAAGCCAGCAUGGCACAAGAUACAGAAAGAAUUUGGCCCUAAAGUGUUCCAUGAAAAUGGUCAGUUAAAUAGAGCCAAACUUGGUGAUAUGAUAUUUGAUGAUAUAGAAAAGAGGAGGAAGUUAAAUGCUAUAACACAUCCAGAGAUAUAUCGAAUCAUGUGCUGGCAGGCCUUUAAAUAUUUUCUUCUAGGCCACCCUUUUAUAGUCAUGGACUUACCCUUGCUCUUUGAAACAGGGCACAUGUUGAACUAUUUAUACAAAAUAAUUGUUGUUACCUGCGAAGAGGAUCUACAACUACAACGGCUCAUGGAACGUUCUAGAUUUACAGAGGCUAAAGCUAAACUACGCAUUGAAGCUCAAAUGUCUUUAGAAAAAAAGUGUGACAUGGCACAUUUUGUUAUAGAGAAUUCAGGAAGUGAGAAAGAUGCUAAGGAACAAACAAUUAGAGUGAUUAAUGUUCUAAGAUGUUCUAAGCAUCAUUGGAAACUAAGAUUUAUUGUUGGCAUUUGCUGCACUGUUUUAUUAGCAGGCACGUAUUGGAUUAAAAAUCGACCAUUCAAGUUUCUUCCAAAACCUGCAUAAGGAUGGUUGUCUUCAGUUUGAUUAGGUGCUCCUCUAUGGCAAUAUCAAUGCAAAACCAAUGUUGGAAACGCAAAACUACUAAAUGAUUCGAAAUCUGUAUCGCCUCUCCAGUCCAUCUAAUGAAACUAAAAGCAUGUCAUUUGGACCAUAAUUGUUACCAUUGAUAAGUCACAAAAACAUCAAUUUCUGUUAUUUUAUGCACUGUAACACAUUCACUACUUGGUAGAUCUAUCACAUCUGGUUUUGUAAUCAUUGAUAUCCAUAAGGCAACAGAAGCUGUGUAUAUCAAGAAUAUUAUACAAGAAUCAAAGAUUGCAGUACGCGUAACGUUCCAUAUUUAAAAACUGGUUCAAUAACUCGGAUACGUGAUAGAGUUGAUAAAAAGAUAAUAACAAGAGUCAACUUGAUUAACGAAUUGUUGUACUAUAAAAUAAUUACUUUCAGUUUUAUUGGGUGUGGCACUGUCCAAAACACGUUAUUUUAUUUUCCAUUUUGUUUAUGCAUUUUUAUGAUUCUUACUCUGGAAUGAAUGCAUUCUAUUCUUGUAAACGGUGAAGUGUAACCAAAAUUACGUAAUGUCUCAAGAUAUCAAAUAAUAAAAGAUAAAUUAGUAAAAUUA